AUGGCCUCUUUAAAGAAAUUUUUUGCAUGGACUGUAAUUCCAUUAGUAAUUUUUUCAAUUUUGAACAGACUUUUCUACACAUGGUUACCAUCAAAAUAUGUUUUCGAUAAAGAUGUGUUAAAAACUUUAGCCCGUGAAUCCAUCGCGAAGCACCCAGACGGUAAUGCGACUGCUAUCAUGUUAGAUUUGGCUCCUAAGAUCAAGGCUGAGUAUGGGGACAUUGUAACUGACUUCAACUUCGAUGACUGGAUGUUUAACAAUGCCGGUGGUGCUAUGGGCAGUAUGUUCAUUUUGCAUGCCUCCAUCUCCGAGUAUUUGAUUUUCUUCGGUUCCGCAGUUGGUACUGAAGGGCACACUGGUACUCAUUUUGCUGACGAUUACUUCACCAUCUUGACAGGAAUACAAACCGCAGCAUAUCCUAAUGCAUUGACACCUGAAGUAUACCAACCAGGUGACGUUCACCACUUACCUAUGGGACAUGUUAAACAAUAUGGUGCGUCACUGGGAAUGUUCGCCUUAGAGUUGGCUCAGGGUUGGAUUCCAGCUAUGUUGCCAUUUGGAUUUUUAGACACUUUUAGUUCUACUUUAGACGCAUACACUCUCGGAAUAACCAUUUAUUACACUGGAAAGGAAAUGAUCGGAAAUUUACUUAGGGGAAAAUUUUAG